AUGACGCCGGUGCUCACCCCCAGAGCAUGGUUGGCUUUGAGGGAAGAUCUUCUGAGGAACAGCAAGGCCAUGCAUUGGAUUGCUGAAGGUGCCACAUGGUGCGUGGAUGUCAAGUGGUGCGAGUUGGCUCGCACAGCUGUGCUUGGUUUGGAAGCCGAAGGGGAGCCGGACGUCAGUAUCGAGGCUGCCGCCCAGAAGCUGCCCCACCAGCAGCGGGGGGCGACGCCGCGCGAGCCGUCUGCCUGCAUGGUCUUCUACCAGACUCCUGUGCGUCAUCACAACUUUCAAUCGCUGAAGAAAUCGAAGUUCGAGCUGCAGAACGAGGAGUUGUGUGGCGAACUUGCGGUGGGGCUGAGAAAUACAACGUUGCGACGCGUAUAUCGCACUUUCCACGAGUCAGAUCUUAGAGCAAGUUCGCUCGCGAAAAACAGUGCUUUGCCAACCCAUCUAUUCUGUGUGGUUUCUUUUCCGUCUGGAUACGAGCGUCCAAGCCAUAUGCGAGGAUGGAGUCAGAGAUCUGACUGCUGCACAGGUAAUGCAAAGAUAUAA